GCAGCUGCCUCCAUAGGCAACAUGGCUGCUUCCCACUUACCUCCUGCGGCACUGACGCUGAAGCAGUUCCUGAGAAGGCAGCAAGUUCUCCUCCUCUACAGAAAGAUUUUGCGGGUCAUUAGGCAAGUUCCAAGCGAUGCUGACCGAAAAUACCUUCAGGACUGGGCCAGGGAAGAAUUUAAACGAAACAGAAGUGCCACAGAAGAGGAUACAAUCUGGAUGAUGAUGACUCAAGGCAAGAUGCAGCUAAAGGAAUUAGAAAGGACACUUGCUUUAGCCAAAUCUUAACUAAGAGAUGUUUUCAGAUCCCCAUGUGUUUUGCACAGGCUCAAAGCCACUGUCACGAAGCACCAGUAAAAUGAAAAGAUGAUCACUGUAAUGAAGAAUGCAAAUCAAGGUGUUAACAUUUCCACUACACUGGCUGUAAUUAAAAGGUGAACUU